GUAAAACGAACGAAAAAUGAGUCGAAAAGGCCCAUUAAUAAAAAACAACGAGACGGACGUGCCACUGCGUAUUGCUAUUGUGGAAAAAGAUCGCUGCAAGCCGAAAAAUUGUGGUCUGGCGUGCAAAAGAGCUUGCCCAGUGAACAGACAAGGAAAACAGUGUAUUGUCGUCGAGGCAACUUCCACGAUUUCUCAAAUUUCCGAAAUCUUGUGCAUUGGAUGUGGUAUCUGCGUGAAGAAGUGCCCAUAUGACGCAAUCAAAAUCAUCAAUCUCCCAGCAAAUCUGGCAAAUGAGACCACUCAUCGUUACUCGCAGAAUUCCUUCAAGUUGCAUCGCCUGCCAACUCCUCGCUGUGGAGAAGUCCUCGGACUCGUCGGAACAAAUGGAAUCGGAAAAUCGACGGCACUGAAAAUUCUGGCCGGAAAACAGAAGCCAAAUUUGGGAAAUUUCCAAAAAGAGCAAGAGUGGACGACUAUUAUCAACCAUUUUCGAGGUUCAGAACUCCAGAAUUACUUUACGCGAAUUUUGGAGGAUACUUUGAAGUGUGUCAUCAAGCCACAAUAUGUCGAUCAGAUUCCAAGAGCUGCCAAGGGAACUGUUGAGAAAAAUUUGACCCGAAAGCACGAUAAUGACAAUUUGAACUCGGUUAUUGAUCAAAUGGAGCUUCGUGGCCUUCUGGAUCGUGAAAUCGACCAACUCUCCGGCGGAGAACUCCAACGUUUCGCGAUCGCAAUGUGCUGUGUUCAAAAAGCCGACGUCUACAUGUUCGAUGAACCAUCCUCUUACCUUGAUGUCAAGCAACGUCUGAAGGCUGCCGCGAUCAUCCGCGAGCGUGUCAGUGAUACGAACUAUGUUGUAGUUGUUGAACACGACUUGGCAGUUCUCGAUUAUUUAUCUGAUUUCAUUUGCUGCUUGUACGGAGUUCCUGGAGUUUAUGGAGUUGUUACUCUGCCAUCUGGUGUUCGUGAAGGUAUCAACAUGUUCUUGGAAGGAUUCAUUCGGACUGAAAAUAUGAGAUUCAGAGAGUCAAAGCUCUCUUUCAAGACAUCGGAGCAGCAGGAGGAUAUCAAGAGAACUGGAAAUAUUAAGUACCCGUCAAUGUCAAAAACGCUUGGGAACUUCCAUUUGGACGUUGAAGCCGGCGACUUUUCCGACUCGGAAAUCAUCGUGAUGCUCGGAGAAAACGGUACAGGAAAGACGACGAUGAUCAAGAUGAUGGCUGGAUCGUUGAAGCCUGAAGAUGAGAACACUGAGCUCCCGCACGUCAGCAUCUCGUACAAGCCGCAGAAGAUCUCACCGAAAUCUGAGACUACUGUACGCUUCAUGCUUCACGAUAAGAUUCAGAACAUGUACGAGCAUCCACAAUUCAAGACGGAUGUGAUGAAUCCGUUGAUGAUGGAACAGUUGUUGGAUCGAAAUGUGAAAGAACUUUCGGGAGGAGAAUUACAACGUGUCGCUCUUGCCCUUUGCCUCGGAAAAACCGCCAGUUUGUACCUUAUCGAUGAGCCAUCAGCUUACCUGGAUUCGGAGCAACGUCUUCACGCGGCAAAAGUGAUCAAAAGAUUCAUUAUGCAUGCCAAGAAGACGGCGUUUGUUGUCGAGCACGAUUUCAUUAUGGCUACCUAUUUGGCCGACAGAGUCGUCGUUUUCGAAGGUCAACCGUCGGUCAAGUGUACGGCUUGCAAACCCCAAUCCCUGCUGGAAGGAAUGAAUCGAUUCUUGAAAAUGUUGGAUAUCACUUUCCGUCGUGAUCAGGAAACAUAUCGCCCACGCAUCAAUAAACUCGACUCGGUGAAGGAUGUUGACCAAAAGAAGAGCGGACAAUUCUUCUUCCUUGAUGAUAAUUAAGCGCAAAUCUGAGGCCAUACGAAAAGGGGAUACGUAUAUCGCGAUGCGUAAUAUCUGUGCUUUGUUGUAUCGUUUUCUUCAUGAAAAAUUGCGUUGUGCCAGGAUCCCCUUUUGGUAGAUUACCUUUUCGCAAAUCCACUUUUUGCAGAUCCCCUUUUCGUGGGGCCUCGAAAAUUUCGUUGUUUUUUUUUUCGUUAAAUUUAUCAAAGUUUUCAUUGAAAAAUAAUAGGGGUUGCUCUUUUCAGCAAGCCCAACUAUUUUUCUAUUCGAAAAUUAAAUUCAUUUGGUUUCCUAGUAUCCUGUUCCUCUUUUUUAUUGCUACUUUAUUUCAUCUCAAUAUUUAUUCCUUCCUUGUUAUGAUAAAAAGUGUUAUUU